AUGAGCUUGACCGAUCAAGAGUUCCGCGCCAAAUUGGAACAACACUUUUCACUAUACCGAAUCAACUUGCGAUGUCCUCUUGCCUUUCAUGUCAAACCUAACCGAUGGUACCGAGUUGACAUUCUACUUGUAAACGAACUCGGUCUCUUUCGACGAUCUGACAUUGAGCCUGACGGUCAAGUAACCGUGGCCUGCAGCUUACAAACACCCUCAGAGACAGGCAUAACACCACUAGAAGAAAACAAUGACCACGACUGGGACAUCGAGCUUGCCCCUGCACCCAGUUUCCAAAACGGCCAGCUUGCAAAAGAUCCAGCACCCAUUCCUGGCUUUUAUAGAUCUGGUAGAGGAGCCUUUCUUUAUCGUAUCCAGCCUAAGCAUGAACACGUCAAAAGUGGGAAGCGAUUUUUGAGGAUUCAAUCAAACAGUAAGUUUGCUACGACCAUUCAGUCUCUGACCGUCGGGCCAAUUAUGAUUGAUCCUGACUGGCAGCCAGAGAAUGCCGAUACAUCACUACCACUCGAAUUAUGGAAUAAUUAUCCCCAGGAGAUGGUCCAUGACGGAUAUCGUGUGUUUUCUAAUGGACAGGUAGCGAUUCAUGAAAUGUGGGAUACAGGAAUUCCUGGUAAGAUAUGGGAUUCAGCACUGGUCACAUUGGAGGUGAUGAAAAGGAUGUACGAAUAUCAUCCAGAAUAUCUAAGCAGUAAACAUACAUUAGACUUGAGUGCAGGUACUGGGUUGCUUGGGUUGUAUACUGCAAGUAUUAUGGGAUCUUGUUCUGUUGAAAAAGGAAAAGUGACAAUGACUGAACUGGAAGAAGCAGUAGAGCUCAUUGAUAAAAACGUUAAAGUCAAUCAGCACUUGGCAAAACGAUGUGAUCUAAAGACAAGAGAGCUGGCGUGGGGAAAUAAGGAGCAGGCAGAGCAAUGCUCAAAGGCAGACUUGAUCAUUGCUUCUGACGUACUUUAUGAGGCACAUUUUUUCGAAGAUUUAGUGAAAACGUUGGUGGAUUUAUCAAAAGAUACAACGCGUAUCUAUAUUGGCUAUAAACGCCGCGGAUUCAGUCAAGAAGAAGAACAAAUGUUUUGGAAUCUAUGCGAGUCGAAUGGGUUUCAAGUGAUCUUGUUAGAAUACGAUAGGAACCAGGACGUAGACGAUAUCUUGGUUCCACCAAUAGCAGUAGAAAUUGGCGUUCAAAUAUACCGUUUGCUUCCAGUUUAG